GAACGCCAUUUUGAGUGCGGUGUGAGAGAAAGGGAUCACUUUUACUGCGAAAGGAAAAAAAAGCUCAAAGUCCUUCAUGUGGCGAAGCCAAAGAUCGUUGUGAAUUGCUUGACCAGUAUGGAAGACAACAGUGGUAUUGCAGUCCUACUUCCACACAGUAGGGGUCAGCAGGACGCCGUCUUCAUCCCAGAGAGAGUGGUGACUGUUUCUGGUGUGCAUCUCCAGGACCUGGACGGCAGCCCCAACGAACACAGCCGGGCUGCCGAUUCCUUGAUCCAGGUGAUUGAGAAGCUGAGCAAGAUUGUGGAGAAGCCCGUCCACCGUUACUCCCUGUCCGGGAAAAAGAGGCCCCACCUCCCCUGUGUGCAGGUGCAGGACAGCAAAGACGGGAGCAGUGAGACUCCCUGCAAAAAAUCUAAAGAGACAUGUGCACCUGCAAAUGAGGAGGAAACGCAGGUAGAGUACUACCUGUCAGGAGGAGGUGCGCGGGAGAGCGGCUGCGGCAGGGUGGUCACCUGCUACCAGUGCAGCCUGUGUAGGUACAUCUCCCCAACGCUGUCCUUGCUGAAGGAGCAUUUGCGGCAGCAUGAACUGCCCCAGGAGCAGAGCAACGUGAUCCUGGUGUGUUCUGAGUGCUGUUUCACCUCUCACCAGCAGAAGGAGCUAGAGGCUCAUAUCAGGCUGCACCUAGAUGGCGGCGAUGGUCACACGGCCGAAUCGAAUGCGGCUAAAGCAGCCGCACACGCGCCUAAGGUGAAAUCAGAAAGUGGCGGGCCCCCCGCAGACGAGCAGCCCGUGAAGAAGAAGUGGUACAGCUGCGAGAAGUACGGCAUGUACAGAUGCUUGAUCUGCAGCUACGUGUGCGGCCAGCAGCGCAUGCUGAAGACUCAUGCGUGGAAGCACGCCGGCCUGGUGGACUGCUCCUAUCCCAUAUUCGAGGACGAGUCAGCCCCCGAUCCUGUGACCGAGGCCGUCAUGGUCGUCAGGGGCGUUGGCAGCAAACAGGAACCUAUACACGGGACGUCCGCCUUCGAGAUCGAACUGUGUGAGCCGGCGGCCAAGAGUGGUCGGCAGGCUGGGGUGGCCGCGGAGGCCGUAGAGGAAGCCUACGAAUCUAAAGUGCCCUUUACGGAAGAGCCGGCGGUGGAGGUGCAGGUGACGACGGAGCAGGAACCCGAAGCGACCUGCCCAGACAGCCUCCUCUCAUCUGCGCAGAAGAUCAUCAGCCGCAGCCCCAACAGCGCGGGACACGUCAACGUCAUCGUGGAGCGGGUCCCCGGCGAGCCGUUCCUGGUGACCGAGGUUGACAAGCGGCUCCUUCCUGGGGAGGCGCACCCCGCCUACUAUGAGGACGAGGAAGUGGUCGUCGGUUGGUGCGGUAGCGAGAAGCCACGGGCCGACGAGGACCCCGACGAGGCCCAAGAGGUGCCGGCGCCACCCCCAGACGAGAAUAUGCCCCCGACGCGCCGGCGGACGCACUCAGAGUCGCUAAGGCUGCACUCGCUGGCCGCGGAGGCCCUGGUGGCAAUGCCCACGAGAACAGCUGAGCUGAGCAAGUCUGGCGUCAAGAGCCUGGUGGGCUUGAGCACCCAGGGCCCUGACACGGGCCAGGGCCUCCUCGACGUCGCUCCGCUAAAAGGCCCCCCUCUGGCCACCAUCGGGGGGGGAGGCGGCCCCACUGCUCUGGUCAACUUAGAACUGCAGACGCGCACCGGGGCGGUGACGGCCGAGGGCCCGGCAAAGAUGGGCAUCAGCACGUCCCUGCUGACCGUCAUCGAGAAGCUGCGGGAGCGCACGGACCAGAACACGUCGGACGAGGACAUCCUGAAGGAACUGCAGGUGAACGCCCAGGGUCAGCCGGGCCCUGACUCCAGCCUGCCUGAAAGCAGCUUGGUGGAGGUGAUCCCCAACAGCGAAAGGCCCUUUCGCUGUCGCCUCUGCCGCUAUACCAGUGGCAACAAGGGCUACAUCAAACAGCACCUGCGCGUGCACCGCCAGAGACAGCCCUACCAGUGCCCCAUCUGUGACUUCAUCGCAUGCGAUAGCAAGGACCUGGAGACUCAUAUGAUCAACCACUGCAAGACCCGCAUGUACCACUGCAAGCAGUGCAAUGAGACCUUCUACUACAAGAGUCAGCUGAGGAGUCACGAGCGAGAGCAGCACGGACUCAGGUACGCCGCAGCGCCCCUGAUGCCAGUCACCGAGAGCGGCUCGAGCACAGGGGGAGCGAAGGAGAAGGCCCCAGAGCAGGAUGCCUGCCGGGUCUCCUCUCGAACCCUCCAGAAGCUCUACAAGUGCGACGUGUGUGAUUAUACCAGCCCCACGUACGUCGGGGUCCGGAACCACCGGAGGAUCCACAACUCGGACAAGCCGUACAGGUGCUGUAGCUGUGACUUUGCCACCACCAACAUGAACAGCCUAAAGAGCCACAUCAGGCGUCAUCCACAGGACCACCAGGCCGUACAGCUGAUGGAUCAGUACAGGUGCUCUCUGUGCGGCUACGUCUGCAGUCACCCCCCGUCCCUCAAGUCACACAUGUGGAAACAUGCGGGCGACCAGAACUACAACUACGAGCAGGUGAACAGGGCCAUCAACGAGGCCAUGUCGCAGAGCAACCGGUUAUCCGGGGCGGCUCACAAGUCCAUGACCGUCUCAGAGGUGAUGGAGGAGCAGACAGGCCCGGCCUCGGACGCCCCUGCCAAGCAUGGCGUCGAUAUGGAGGCGCCGGGGGCGCCGGCCCUGGCCGCCAUGGCCCCCGCUCCAGCCGAUAAGGCCACCGCCGCACGGCUGGGUGCCGAGCACUGCGUCCUGCUCUUCUGCUGCUGCAUCUGUGGCUUCGAGUCGGCCAGCAAGGAACGGCUCAUGGAGCACAUGAAGGAGCACGAGGGCGAGAUCAUCAGCAUCAUCCUGAGCAAGGAGCUGCCGGGAGCACAAACCGCCCUGCCCCCUGCAGGGCAAUGAGACGCACUGCAUCCCCACUACUCUCAAGUGUUUUGCUCUUCAUCCACAAUGAGGUCUGCGGGUCACCCUAUUAGGGCUUGAAGGGUCCCUUAUCACUUGCCCAUGGGGCAACAUGUACCUGGAUUUGCAAAAACGCCCAAUCUUAGGUAUUUUUUUUCCUUUCUGUUUGCCAUGCAAAAUUCCCUCCACCUAAACCACCAUAUACAUUUAAACUAUUUUGAUAGCCGUACCUCCCUUGUGUUUCCACUUUCAUAUGAAGGGUAUAGAGUGAAAAAAUGAGAUGUUAUAGUCUCUGCACAAAAAAAGUAAAAAUAUUUAAACAUUUUUAUGUUUGCUUAAAUUGAAUAUCUUAUCAGUACAGCAGUCCCAAGUUAAACUUUAAGUUGAAUUUUAUUUGGGAUUUCAGUUCUUUAUAAAUACUUGGUUAAAUCAUAUUUCGGUAUCGAAUUAAUACUGAAUUUGGUCAUUAUGUUCAAGACAUUGCAUACCUCCUCAAACAAAAAUGCUUGCUUGGUAAUGGUAUUCUGCCCUGAAAGGGUAUAAGCAUAGUUUAAUGUUUUGUUUGGCAGCUUUGGUUGAAAUCACUGUAAUAUUAAAACUAUAUUUAUAGUUAGACGUUCACACAUUUUCACACAUGGCUGUAAAAUACCUUGCUACUGUAUGUUUUUACUAUUUGUAGUUAUGACGAUAUUUAUUUAAUUUAUAUUUAUGCACAUAGUUUUCCGUUAGCUAUGUCAGCUGAGAAGCCUUUCGUACGAUGUUCUCUCUGGUGCUAUUUAACAAUCCUUUAGAAGUAAAAGCCCUUCUCUCGACACAGCCCUUCUGUCAGAGACACAGAAGGACAAAAAAAAAUCACUUAAGGAACGAACCGUGAAACUGUGGGCUUGACCGACAGGGAAUUGUCAUUCAGGGUGAGUUUGUUGUCUUGAUAUAACUGUCACCAAAUACGUUAAUAUUUACUUUCUUACCGCCUAUGAACUGACCUUAAAAUCAAGGGGAUUUCUUCAUUUUUUUUAAGACAAAAUACUCUUCCUGUAUUGAUGCAUAAAUAUGUAACAUUAAGUGCUGAACUGGCUAAAUGAAUGCGAUUUAUCAUUUAUAGCCACACAUUUAAUGGCUGAAAUUGUUUGCUGUUUGGUACGUCACAUCUCACCCCCAAGACUUUCCCGAAGCGUAGCCGCUUAAGGAAGGGAACACUGACGGCUACCUUCAUUUGCUCGCUACAUCCUCCUGUGACUUUUCUCCAUUCAUUACGUGGAGGGAUUUCGAUCAUCGUAACUGUUAGGCGGCCCACUGCUGUCCUAAAAGAGCUCAUAAUUUAUCCAUGUGACAACCAUGACUGACACCUGAAUGAUUCUCGAGCUUUCCCAAAGUCGUAUUUUUUCCCUUUUUUUUUGACAGUUAUAACUGACAUUUGUGUUGUAUAUUUAUAUUAGGUAAUUCUCUGCUCAGCUGUGUGUUUGUCUAACGUUUGACAUGUUGUGGUUGUAUCUAUGUGUACAAAUGAACCAUUUCUUGGGUAUACAUGUGACAUUUUCUGCCUUGUCAUGAAGAAUAUUGCAAUAUUCUUUUUUUUUUCCCCCCAACUGAAUUUUUGGGCAUAGGGGUCAUGAAGGCAUCACCAAGGGCUUGUCUUUUGGCUACCUCUGUAAAAUGAGCUUUAUAGUCAUGCAGCGCUAUAGUCGUAUGUAGAGAAUUUAAUUCAGAAUCUUAAUCUUAAGAACCUUAGCAUCAGCUGAAACCAAUUAGAAUGUAAGACCUGGACUCUGGAGAUUACCUUAUCUUUCUGUUCCUAAGUCUAAUUUAGAUCUCAGAUUAUUGUUGUUCUUCCUAAUUUACAGUUCAGAGCGCCUGAGCAAGGAGCAUCAAACGCAGUUUGCAUUUAAACUCCACGUUGUUUCGUGUUUUAAUGCAGGUUAAUGACCUGUUAAUGCUGUCACAGCUCAGUGCAACCUUGACGGUGGGUGUGAAUGUCUCUGUUUCAGCAGGCAAUGUUCUUUUUGUCAGGCUGCUGAAUUUUAACACUUUUCCCGUACUUUGAGUCGCUUCUACAAGAAUCAUAUGACUAUCCCCUCUCCCCCCAGCACAAUCUGCAUAGGACAGGAUCUGGCAGUUUAGUUCGUAUUGUAAGCAGUAUUGGAAAUAAGCUGAACUUUAUGGCAGCAGGCCUGUAGUUGUAGGAUUUUUUCCUAAUUAUUUUCUGAAGCUGUGGCUUAUUUAUAAGGACAUUUUAUGUGUCUGGUGACCAUGGGUAUUUUUUGGUGUGGAAUCUGUUGUGUGCAUUUUAGUUAAAAGUGCGUGCGUCAGUCUGUCUGUAUUAUGAACCAGCCGUCAGCACGUGUGAAUCUGUGACGGGACUGACUGACAGCAGUCUGCUGAUGACUCUGGGCCAAAAAUCAGAAUACCUCCAAGCUGGGCUGACUGUGCGUGUAUCCUGGGUGCAUUCUUUGGGGCUCUCCUUUGCCAUGCCGUCGUUAUUUCUCUGGUCCGUAUCUGCCUGGUUUAGAUUUAUUGUGAAUUUUUAAAUAGUCCUGGAGAAAGGUGGUUGUAUAUAUGAAGCUUCAUGCCUGUUUGUGCUAAUGAGCAAGCACAGCCAGCGAUAGGCCCCGCCCUCUUUUGUAGGCCCCACCCCCAUCUUACCCUCAGUGCCAUCUUCCAGCUGACCAAUGGGAGUGCCAGCUGGUUCUGGAGAUGUGCAGACGUCCCCUCAGGCAUCCGUAUACUCGGCAAAGCUGUCCGGUCCCUUCGCGUGCCUUCUGUUCCCGAUGGUCUGGCCUCCACGUGCCGUGUGGUUAGGGUGGGUGGGUCUUUGGUUUGCCCCCCCCCCCUCUAUGAGAGGCCUUCCUUGGAGAUCAUGCUCAUUAGUAUUUCAACCUGAGCACCCUCUGUAAUGAAUAGCAGAUAUUGGCAGGGGGUUAUACAGAAUUGCUUAUAUUGAAAUCUUUCACUUGUGUAUAAUAUUACAAAAUGUUUUUUAAAGAUGUCUAUAUUUUUAAAACAUCUUGUAAAAACCUGAUGAUCGUAAUAAAGAAUAUGAUUUUUUAUUUUUUUUUGGCCAAAGUGUGAGGGAGGAAAAGGCUAUAUACGAUUUUUCUUUUUAAAUUCCCCAGUGCAGUGUAGGGACAGUUUUGUGUUUUACUCGGUUGGGCACACUAAGCUGCAUGCCUUAAUGCCAAAGACGCAGAGUGUGGACUGAUCUUUCUUUCCCUGUUAACGUCGCCUUUGUGUACAUUUGUGUUUCAGCUCAUAUCUUCGGCUUCUGUAGACUCGUCCUUGUUUUGCCUUUUGCAUUGUAUUUUGGUAAUAAAGACGUUUUAAAGAUAA